UUCUAUUUCAUAAAAUUUCACGCCUAAUUUGAGUAGUUGCUGUAAGGUGUCUGAAUGAUUGAUGUACAUGGACGAUAAUGCACCAGGUCUCAAAUAUUUUGAAACCUCUGAAAGUUCUAUUUUUUUGGGUGCCUUCACUCUUUCUGUUAGAGAUGUUUCUUCUGAUGUAUUAUUCAUAAUACGAAUUCCAUUUGAAGUACUAGAAAUUGAGGAGUGUGAUUCGGUUACCCCAUCUUCUAUAAAUGAUGCAAAAUUUCGAAGAAAUGUAGUAUUUGAAAUCCUUAGUUUAGAAAUUAUUUUCAACAUUUUGUCUCUUCUUGACAGGUAGUAAACAUAAACAUAACCCAACUUAUAAGUAGAGCCAGAACAUAACCUACAUCUUCUUAACAAAUAGUCUUCUUAUUUUUAUUUUCGAAAUGUCCAAGUGUCAACAAAGAAUCAGCUGUGAAUAUUGACUGGAUAUUAACAGUGAAGUGGUAAAAUUAAAUUAUUAUUUAAUUACAUAAAAGUAUGUUGAAAACAUUAGGAGUGAUCACAAACAGCUUGAGGAGUUCAAUUUCCUCAAGAGCCCUACAAACUUCCGCUGUUCUUAAACAUGACAGCCUGUUUGUGCACCGAGACAGUCCCGAAGACAACCCCGAUAUUCCAUUCAAUUUCACCCCAGAAAAUGAAAAAAGGGUAGAAGCUAUUCUUGCAAUUUACCCUGAAGGCCAUAAAAGGGCAGCUAUGCUCCCACUGUUGGAUUUAGCUCAGAGGCAAUAUGGUUGGUUGCCCAUUUCUGCUAUGCACAAAGUUGCUGAAAUAUUGAAUUUACCCAAGAUGAGAGUGUAUGAAGUUGCCACAUUUUAUACAAUGUAUAUGAGAAAACCUACUGGUAAAUAUCAUGUUCAAGUAUGUACAACUACCCCUUGUUGGUUGAGGGGCUCAGAUGAGGUCCUAGAAGCAGUCAAAAAGAACCUCAACUUGGAAGUAGGAGAAACCAGCAAAGACAUGAUGUGGACAAUCUCUGAAGUAGAGUGUUUGGGAGCUUGUGUGAAUGCACCAAUGAUUCAAAUCAAUGAUGAUUACUAUGAGGACCUAACUGUUAAUGAUACUGAUGAAAUUUUGAAUGACUUGAAAGCUGGGAAAAAACCUGCAGCUGGUCCAAGGAGUGGAAGGUAUGCUUCAGAACCAAUUGGCGAACCUACUUCUCUGACUGGUGAACCCCCUGGCCCUGGUUUUGGAGUCAGAGCAGAUUUAUAAAUAUUUGAAUUGUUUUAUUGUCAUUAAAUGAAGUAAACCUUUACAUUUUGUAUUG